CUGGGAUGCGGUGAGGACGUUGCUGCGCCCCGUGCGCUCGACGCGAGUCAUUCAACAGCUGGCCUCUGGGGCAACAGUGGCAGCGAGAGACAGGGAGUGUUGACGGUUGCGACUGCGGUGGUUGGAGAGAGACUGCGGCGGCGGUGGCGUUGGUGGCUGCAGUUCGUUCCGCUACCCCCGCGGAGCCAGGAGUGCAAGCGCAACGGUUCCUGAGAUUCCCGAAUGUUCCCUGGUUAGGAUGCCACAAUACAGUUGUUCACCAUGAAGGGUUCACACGAACGUGGCUUCUCCAAUCUUUCUUCCUUUGAUUACAUUUCGACAUAAGGUAGUCUGAAGACACCAUGACGGUUACAGUGGUGUAUGAUAACUCUGAGGCAACGGAGCUCUGUGCAGCUCAGCACCUCUACCUCAAGCCCAUAGCAAAACUCAUGAUCAAUGUUUUGCUGCCAGAGAGUAUAGAAUCUGGGAGGCCCUUCUCUAACUGGGAAGUUCUUGACCAGCUAAAAAACCUGAUUUGCCCUGACCAGUUCACCACAGUUCGGCUGUCCAAGAGUACAAAGGACUUCAUCCGAUUUGAGGGUGAGGCUGAAACCCGAAGUUUGGUUCAGAUCCUGAAGUCCAAAUUACAUGGGAAGAUCAUCAAGUUAAAUGGUUUGAAAACAGACUUAAAAGUUGUGGCUACUGAUGCCCAGGGAGAGUGGGAACAUUUCCCCAAGGAAAAAGAGGCCUCCCUGAGUGAUGGCGCUGAAGAGCAGGACCAUGAUAAGAGCCCAGAUUCCAUAUAUUUCGAAGGCUUGCCCUGUAAGUGGUUCGCGCCGAAAGGCUCCAGUGGGGAGAAGCCGUGCGAAGAGAUCCUCCGGGUAGUCUUUGAAAGUUUUGGCAAGAUCAAGAAUGUGGAUAUCCCGAUGCUUGACCCCUACAGGGAAGUGAUGACUGGUGGGAACUUCGGGGGUUUUAGCUUUGGUCUGCAGACAUUUGAAGCCUUUAUACAGUAUCAAGAAUCAACUGACUUUCUAAAAGCCAUGGAGUCCCUUCGAGGAAUGAAGCUGAUGCUUAAAGGAGAUGAUGGGAAAGCUCUUGCUUGUAACAUUAAGGUUAUGUUUGAUACAACCAAACACUUCAGUGAAGGAGCUAUAAGGAGGAGAAAUCAGGAAAGGCUAAAAUUACAGGAGCUGGAGGAAGAAAGAAAAAAAGAAAAGAAAAGAGAAGAGGAAGUGGCUGAAAGAAAAAGAAAAGACGAGGAGAGGAAAGCCCAGGAAAAGAGGAAGAAGGCCAGGGUCAGGAGGCGAGCCCUGAAGGAGAGGGACAGGCACCGGCACAGGAAACAAAAGGACAAAGCCAAAGCUAAGGUGCCUCAGGAGCUGGACUCUUCCGAGGAGUGGGAGGAGAGGAAGUACCUGCUGGCUCAGAGGCAGGCUGAGGCCCUGCGGUUGCUACGGGUACUCCUGAGGAAAAUUUCAGUAAGGCUAUUUCCCAAUUGUUCUUCAAUCUUGGGAUCCACACAGUUUAACUCCCAGGAGGUCAACAUUACAGGCCCUGAAGCUAAUCAUGGGAACACAUUGGAAAUACUGGAGGAGGAAGAAUCAGACACCCAGCAUCUUCAAAAUCAAGAAGAGAUACCAAGAUAUCAGGUUGCCAGGUCAGACAGUAAAAGCAAGCAAAAAGUGAAGAAAAGAACUAGGACUCACUUAUAUAAAUCUUCCCACUGCUUUGAGAAACAAACAUUAAGAUAUUCAACUAGAAAAGAAAGACAUGGAAAAUUAUUAAUGGAUGGAUGCCAUUAUAAUUUGUUUCCUGACCAGAAUUCCUGGCAGGUUACAAUGAUUCAAGGUCAGUCUCUUGAGGAAGAUGACCACCACAGCUCUACUAAAUCCUAUUCUUCCAGAUUAUUUGAGCGAGAUGGUAGCAGGAAACAGAAGAUCUAUGAAACAGAUGAAUUUAUUGACUACCUAUUAAACUAUUAUCAAACGCCAAAAUAUGCCCGUAUCUACCUAGAACCAAGUCACAUAGAAAGCACAUGUCAAUGGCAGAGGGAUGUCCAUACUAAGGGAAAUGGAUUUCAGAUUAAUUUGAGAAAACGUAGGCAUCAUUCAAUCAGUUUGAACCAAAAGCAAAACCUGGAAGGGCGAGACCAGGUUCAAGAAGAUGAUGACUGGUCAAAGAUAUGUACUCAAGAUCCUGAGCAUAAGCCACAGAAGAGAGGAAAAGUGGAUUAUGCCAAAGAUUGUGCUAAAGGGUUAAAAACUGAUCGCGACCAUGCAGCCAGUGAAGCUGGUGAUCAGCUGUCCCCAGUUGAUGGAAAACGCAACCUGUCAGCAAAGAGCCAAGUUUCCUCAUCCUGCAGAUCAAUAGACUUAGAAUUACAGCUGACUGAUUUCUUGGAGGAAAUCAGUAGUGAUUCCGAAUGCUUCAGUGAGACCCUUAGCAUAAACCAAGAGGAAAGAGACAAAUCUGUGGCCACAUAUCAUAGUUCUCCAGAAGAAGGACCCCUUGACAGUGAUGAAAGCCACGCGGGGGAACAAGCAGCUAGAUCAAGUCAGCAGGCCUUCUCUUCAGAAUGGAAACAUGAUGGCAAGCAAAAGCACUCUAAAUACAAGCUGAAGAUCCCAGACAAAAGGUCUAUGUAUGAACUUAGCUACGCAUGGUUUGAGGGCGACAGUGAUUUCAUUAGAAAUGAGAAGAACAGCCACAAAAAGAGAAAAACCAGUUCCCAAAUACUUGUUUGAUGAAGGCUCUUACCGUGAAUCCAGUUCUAGUGAUCCAUCAGAGGACAUCACAAGAAAGAGGAGGAAGUUCAGGGUAGUAUAUUUGCCUAGAAAGUGAAGUAUAGACCCUGCCAUGUGCCAGUAACAUCAUCAAAAAAGGCGAAUAUUUGCUAUUUGGGAGAUUUUUCCAAAAGAGAGACUCCUUGGAAAUCAGAAUAUAACCAGAAUGCAAGAAGGUCUAAAAGACAGAUGACUUCUUAAGAAUUCAUGCUCAAUUCUGAUCAUUAUAAUAGACAUAAUAAGCAGGAACUCAUUACUGACUUAUUAGAGACUGUGGAAGUUGUUUAGAGGGAAAAGCUACCCUAAUUCUUUCUAUUGCAAAUAUUUUAAUGGCCACUUUAAUUAGGAACGCCCUGCUCACCAAUAAACAGACUGUGAGAAGAAGACGCAAAACAAAACGUGGCUUAUGUAGUUAGCAACUCUGGAGCAAGAGAAUCACAUUGAAAAGCAUGAGGAGCGUCAAAUGCAAAACUUUGGUUCUCUUGCCAAAGUUGAAGGUGUACAUCAAAAUGACUGCAGGUGUGUUGGCAAGCUUUGGAAAGACAUCAGAUUCUGAAGCCUGGUAAAGCAAUGUGCUUGCAAAACUUCCUCCAAAGACAGACAUUUUAACAAUUUAACUGCAAAUUUAGUUUGGUGCCGUGAGAGAGAUUAAUAUUGAGAGGGGCUUGAUAUAGCCUUCUAUGGCUCUUUAGCUGUCACAAAUUCAUCAUUUAGUGUCAUUUAUCCUCAAAGAUGAUAGCAGAGAAUAAAUGAGGAUCCUUUUACAUAUUCUUUUAUUUGGUCAGAAACACCAUGUGCAGCAACACAUUUUCCUUUUAUUUAGGAAUAAGUGUAGAUAUGAGAUGACAGCUAGAACAUAUAAUAGACUGCUUCAUGACAUUAGAGUUUUGUGAGCACCCCCUGAAGGAAAUUAAUCUUGCUAGAAUGUUCAUAGUACUCAAUGAGUUGUCCUUUUAGAGACUAAGUUUUGGAAGAAGAAUUUUAAAUGGGGCUCAGGUUGUCUUUUGAGGUUUAAAUAGAUAAGAGGACCAUUAGCUAGGGUGUUUUUUAUUUUUUCUUAAGAACUCCAUGUCUUUUCAUUUCCAUGAAAACAACAGGAUUGAAGUGAUAACCAGUGGGAUUUGUAAAAGAAAAUAAUGAAAGCUCCUGGGGCAGCAAUAAUGGCACUUGGGAAGAGAGGACAUGGCAUUUCCAUUUCAGGUUAUGUAAUCCUUUCACUCAGGGUUGGGUGACAUCAGUUUGUAAAAAGUCACUGAGUAUCUCCAAACUGACUUUUAUACAACAGUAACAAGUGCCUCCUCCAAUCCUCAAAUAAUGCCAUGGAGUUAGGAAGAGUCAAAGGAAAAGCCCAUAGUUUUCUAGCUGCAGAAAAAUUAUAUAUGUGCAAGAUUUGUAAACUCUUAAGCAAUUUAUCUUUUUACCGAAUUGUUUUGGACUUCUUAAAUAUUUUUAAAUUGAGAUAUUUUAUAGAUUCUUAAAGACUUACAUCUUAGUGCAAUGCAUGUUCUGUAGAAAGCUAGGCUGAUUCAUGCUGCCUUACAUCUGAUUUAGGACCUCAGGGGCAGUAGGUGCAGUAGGUGACCAUCCCCCCCCCCCACCCCCCAAAGCUAUCUGUACUUGACCUGGCUGUUGAAGACAUCAAUGAGAUUAGAGACUGCAACUGCAAAAGGUGAUUUUUAAUCCACAGAAGCAGUAGAAGGCAAUAUUUUCAACAUGACAUGAUUCAUUUCCGUCUUCAUAUGCUAUUUUGUAGAAAAGUGCCAGCUGGUAGAGCCACAUAAGAUGCCAGUCAGCGUGGUUGCCCAGAAUGAGGACACGAGGCACACUCUUAACCAGCCUCUUGAACAACCUGGCAUCUGAAUGGGCUACAAAAUCUCCUCAUUUUCUAAAAAAGGAUUCAUUUAUUUAUUGGAAAGGCAGAGCAACAGAAAGAGGAGAGAGAAAGACAGAGACAGAGACAGAGACAGAAUCUUCCAUCUGCUGAUUCACUCCCCAAAUGGCCAUAACAGCCAGAGCUGGGCCAGGCUGAAGUCAGCAGCCAGGAACUCCAUCCUGGUCUCCCACAUGGGCAGCAGUGGCCAGGCACUUGGGCCAUCUUCUGCUGCUUUCCCAAGCACAUUAGCAGGGAGCUGGAUCAGGAGCAGAGUGGCUGGGACUGAAACCUGCAUUUUGAUAUGGGAUUGCCAGCAUGGCAAGUGGUGGCUUAACCUGCUGCACCACAAAGCUGGCCCCCAAAUCUCAUUUACCUGGAGCCACAACUUGUUUCAUUGAUCUCUCCUAUUCACAUUUUUAUGAAGGUGUGUUAGUACAUGCAGAAAUUCAGCAAUGAUUGUAACAAAGCAGAUUGUAUUUCUUAUGAAGCUAAGAACCAAUGAAUGAAUUUGUUGGCUCUCUCCUGUUCAAUUCCACUUUCAAGUUAAUGACCCUGCCAGGUUUGGCUUACCAAAUCUGAAAAAUGUUCAUGGGGCGAGUGCCUUUUCUCCUCUGAGGACUAGCAAUGACUACUAAUAUUCAAAGUACUGUUUUCCAGAAGAGCCUUUGAAACUAUUAACAGCUUGUAUUCUGUCAGAUCAACUUUCUGGGAACUGGGUAUUGUUAUCCUCCAAUGAAAUCCCACCUCCUUCCUUUUCUCAUGUUUUACGCCACUGAAAAAAGAACAUUUUGGGUCUGUCAUGGAAAGCAACUAUGCUUGUUUUGAAAAAUACUUUUUUUCCUGUAAUUUAAUAACUUUUAUUUGCAGAGGUUUUAGGAAUAGAAGCAAUUUGCUGGUCAGUAAACAGAUAUAAAUUGCAAAAUACAGCAUGUGCAAUUUUUUUGUAUAAUAUUUAACUGGUGCUAAGUCAUUUCUAUAUAAUAUUUCUGUCUUAUUUGUUUGCUCAUUCCUGUCUUGGGACCUAGAAGAGAGUAAGAAUCCUGGUUUUAUGUUUUCUUUCUGAACAACCCUGGACUUUUAUAGCUGUCUUGUGGUAAUGCAUUCUAGAUCUGAGUCAACCCCUUUUUCUGUGUAGGCCUUAAAGGAGGAAGAGAACAACUUAUUCUGUACUUUUCAACUGAAUGGCUUAGUAAGGAAUGAAACUGACUUGAAAAUAAUGUAACCACCUUCUCUUAAUAUUAACAUACUCUGUUGUGCUGUUAUUUAAGUGGUGCAGAAGUGUUUGUUGAACCUUUUUGUCUGUGUCAAGUAAGGGCCUGAACUUUAAACUGCCUUUUUCAAUAGGUAUUUUCCUGUUUUUCCUAGUAUGGGCUGCUGAUAGUGCUGUAAGAAAUCUAAAUAUCUGCCAAUGUCUCUUUGGUUCCAUUUGAAUUUCUCAGGUAGAAAGCCAUGUAACCUGCUAAUUUUGAAAAUAAGAGCCAAAUAUGUGUAUUUUUGUUUGUUGCAAAAACUGUUUAAGAUGUUAAUUUUUAAAUAAAUGCUGAUAAUUUCACUCUGGGAGGAAAACGGCUACCUGUAGUAUGCUGCUUUGCACUAAUGUUGCUGAUCUUUCUUUUCUCAUUUGGAUUGCUAGAACAAAUAACA